UAAUGAUGUAUUUCUGAUCGAUGUUUUAAUGUUAUAAUUCUGUCAUUUUCUUUGAUUUGAUCAUUUUAAUUAAGUCUAUUAAACCAACUUAACGGGCGCUUUGAUGGCUUCCGCGACCGCGUUUUCUCGAACAAGGGAACGUAUCUUUGUUGACAUAAAGUGUUGUGGAUCUACACACAUAUCACAAGUCAGUCAACCUGUAGAGUCAGACAAACUAGUAGAGUCAUCCAAAGCCACUUGGUUAUUUUUUUUGUUAAAAUCAUAUACCAAAGUCUUUAAGAAAAUGUAUUAUAAGACUCAUUCCAACUACCGAGUGAAUUAAGUCACUAUAAAAAUAUAAUACAAGGUUGUCUCUCUUCACACAUUUAUAGAUACAAAGUUGUCUCUCUGAUCUCUAGCUGCUCAAUAACUCAUCAUCUCUAGAAUUAUAUAGCUGAUCUGCUCCUCUCACCAAUACUAUAUAUCGGAUCUCGAUGGACAAAAUAGUCAGACGAAGCGAAGAAGAACCUUAUCUAUGGAUUCCAAUUCAGUUUCUCGACCAAACUGUCAUAGCUAUCUUUAAGUGUCUUGGUCUUCUUUGUCCGACUGCGAAGAAACCGGUGACCUUAAACCAACCGGAGGAAGAAGAAGAUGAUGUUGCCAUGAAAGACGAUGGUGUCGUUGUGUUGACUAGAGGCCGCAUGAAAGCCAGAGCAAAGAAAAAGGAUAAAGAAAACACUAGUAAAGGUCGUCCUGGCCAAACUAAUAAACUACUCAACGCAGCAAUAGAAACUUCUGCGUUGAACAAAAAGCAAAUAGAAAAUUCUGGGGGUUAAGAAGAAGUCCUGGAAUCAAAAGCCCCAAGAGAGACUUAUCCACUAGUUUAAUACCAAUGUGGCGUUCAAAGUCGUACCUUGCUUAUUUUUAUUCCCUCCUUUUCUUUCUUUCAAGACAACAAUAUUUGACCCAACAUACGUGUAACUCAGACCAGAACUAUAUGCUUUGAGGUUUGAAUCGGGAAUAAUUGUUGAAGGUUGAAGCCAUAUUCAUUCUCGAUCAAAGCAUAUAUAAACGACUUCAUUUGACAGUUUUUACCAAACUUUGUUUGGCUAUAGUAAUUUUGUAUCUUGUGUACUGAUUAUUAAUUAUAGUAG